UAAAAUACAAAGGCGGUAACUAUAUAUAUUUAAAUAUGUUUCUUUAAAUUAUAGUAAUUAUCAUUAAUUAAAAAUAUUUAAUUAAACCUUUAAACAUUACAAUUUACAUUUAUUGUCAAUGUCAUCUUGAAAUGUCUAAGAAAGUGGGUUUUGUCGACAUAUGUAGUUUAGAAAGUGGGGAAUUGCUCAGCUUUUUGGACAGUAUUAAAACAAUUGUGUUUGCGUGUGAAGGAGUUUUAUGGUAUAACAGUAAGGUUCCUAUAGAUGGAGCUCUCGAACUAUUCAAUAAAUUAUCCGAUGGUGGAAAAACCAUUUAUUUAGUAAGCAAUAACAGCAUUCUUUCUACCGACGAAUUAUGCAAAGUAGCCACAAAUAUGGGUUUCAAAUUCGCCAUGAAUAAUAUUGUAAGUUCGGUCUAUUUAACAGCCAAAUGCCUUCGAUCUAAAAAAGUCAGCAAGAAAGUAUACAUAAUAGGGUCAGACGGCCUAGCUGACGAACUUAGGACCAUAGGUAUUAACAGUCUUGGUCCUGGACCAGAUGUAUUUUCUACCACCGUGGAGGCAAGAUUGGAAACUAUAGAAAUGGAUCAAAACGUUGAGGCUGUUGUAAUUGGAUUGGAUGUACACUUGUCUUAUACAAAACUAAUUAAAGCAGUAACGUAUCUCAAGGAUAAAUCCUGUCAAUUUAUUGCAACUAGUGCCGAAAGAGCCGUACCUUCAAAUAAAAAAGUGUGCGUACCAGGAGCUGGAUCUAUAUUAAGAGCAGUUGAAAAAGCAGCAAAAAGAAAUGCCACUGUAGUGGGAAAACCCACUGAUUUUUGUGUAGAGCACUUUAAGGAAGUGGUUAAACUAAACCCCAAAACAACCCUGAUGAUUGGAAGUACUUGUCACGAAGAUGUGGUUUUUGGACAAAAGUGCGGCUUUUACACAUUGCUGGUUUUGACCUUCGAAACGGUAGAGAAGCUCCACACGUACAAAAAUAUUGACAGUAAUCUAUUGCCUCAGUAUUAUGUGAAAAGUCUAAAUAAGUUAUUGGAUUCUAUUAAAUGAUUUAUUUUA